CCCAGCUCCCAACCCGAUCGGAAGCCCAGAUCACCUGCCCUCGCUCUUGAGCAGUGUCUCCCCACGCUGUCUUACCCCGUGCUCUGCCCACCUCACACUGCAUCAAGCCCUGUAAUUCACGCGCCAUCACCUAGAGCCAGGCUGAGUACAGACCGAAACGAAACUCAUGGCCAAAACUCAUGAUAUUUCUCACCUGCUUUCCUGAUCAGUCCCCACCACCAGGAGGCCCGCGCUGACCAUGGCAGGGGGCAGGAGAGGUGGGCAAGCGCUUCCCAUCUGCCCCUCCCCUUCCUGGACAUAUGGGUACCACCCUCUGCCAUCUCCCUGGCCGGACUGCUAUCCUUAUUUGACUCCAGCCCAUCCAAACUCUAGGCUGCCUUGGCCUCUGUUCUCUUCCCCUGUGCUAAGUGUCAGUCUCCCUCAGCACGACAUUGAACAGGAAGACCCCCGAGGGCGGACUCCCCUGGAGCUGGCUGUGUCCCUAGGAAACCUGGAGUCUGUGAGAGUCCUCCUUCAGCACAAUGCCAACGUGGGCAAAGAGAGCCGCCAGGGCUGGGCAGUCCUGCAGGAGGCAGUCAGCACUGGAGACCCUGAGAUGGUGCAGCUGGUCCUCCAGUACCGGGACUUCCAGAGGGCCACACAGAGGCUGGCUGGCAUUCCAGAACUGCUCAACAAACUCCGCCAGGCCCCUGAUUUCUACGUGGAGAUGAAGUGGGAGUUCACCAGCUGGGUGCCCCUCGUGUCCAAGAUGUGCCCAAGCGAUGUUUACCGUGUGUGGAAGCGAGGUGAGAGCCUGCGAGUGGACACCAGUCUCCUGGGCUUUGAGCACAUGACCUGGCAGCGUGGCCGGAGGAGCUUCAUCUUCAAGGGCCAGGAGGCUGGAGCCCUGGUUAUGGAAGUGGACCAUGACCGGCAGGUGGUGCACACAGAGACACUAGGGCUUGCUCUACAUGAGCCCGAAGCACUGUUGGCUGCCAUGCGGCCCAGCGAGGAACAUGUGGCCAGCCGCCUCACCUCCCCCAUCGUCUCCACUCACUUGGACACUCGAAAUGUGGCUUUUGAGAGGAACAAAUGCGGUAUCUGGGGAUGGCGGUCUGAGAAGAUGGAGACUGUCAGCGGCUACGAGGCCAAGGUAUACAGUGCCACCAAUGUAGAGCUGGUGACCCGCACGCGCACAGAGCACCUUUCUGAUCAGGACAAGUCGAGGAGCAAAGGAGGGAAGACUCCAUUCCAGUCCUUCCUGGGGAUGGCCCAGCAGCACUCCUCCCACAGUGGGGCUCCUGUGCAGCAGGCAGCCAGCCCUACUAACCCCACAGCCAUUUCUCCCGAUGAAUACUUCGACCCCAGCUUCAGCUUGGAAUCCAGAAACAUUGGCCGCCCCAUCGAGAUGUCCAGCAAAGUACAGAGGUUCAAGGCAACACUGUGGUUGAGUGAGGAGCACCCACUCUCUCUGAGUGACCAAGUGACGCCCAUCAUUGACCUGAUGGCCAUCAGCAAUGCUCACUUUGCCAAGCUACGUGACUUCAUCACCCUGCGUCUCCCCCCUGGUUUCCCUGUCAAGAUUGAGAUUCCCCUUUUCCAUGUGCUCAAUGCCAGAAUCACCUUCAGCAACUUGUGCGGCUGUGAUGAGCCCUUGAGCUCCGUGUGGGUGCCAGCCCCCAGCUCUGCCCUCACCACUUCAGGGAGCCCUUUCCCAUGCGAGGUGGAUCCUACUGUGUUUGAGGUCCCUGAGGGGUACAGUGUGCUGGGUGCUGAGCGCAGUGAGCCCCUUCGAGAUGAGGAUGAUGACCUGCUGCAAUUUGCCAUCCAGCAAAGCUUGCUUGAGGCGGGCACAGAAGCAGAGCAGGUAACCAUCUGGGAAGCCCUGACCAACUCUCGGCCUGGCGCCCACCCUCCUGCCCAAGCCACUGUGUACGAGGAGCAGCUUCAACUAGAGCGGGCGCUCCAGGAAAGCCUGCAGCUGUCCACAGAGUCCAGGGAGCCUGGGUCUCCUGAGAGGACACCCCUGGCCCUGGCUCCCCCGAGCUUUGAGGAGCAGCUUCGCCUGGCUCUUGAGUUGUCUUCUCGGGAGCAAGAGGAGCAGGAGCGGCGGGGGCAGCAGGAAGAGGAGGACCUACAGCGGAUCCUGGAGCUAUCACUCACAGAGCACUGAGCUACCUGGACUGGGAGGGUCAUGGCCACUCCUACAGCCUGCUUUUGUAAUUUAUUUAUUUAUAAACUGUCUGCUGCUGGGCUUGGGCCUGGAGCCCAGGGAUGCCUGGCAGAGGCACUGAAAUGGAAUAAAGAGACUGCUAGCAGCAGGCUUGCUCUACUCAAGUGGGCUGGAGCUGGGGGGUGCUGGGUGGGGGGCAUUGAGGGAGGCACCACAGGCAGUGACCUCAGCUAGUUUUGAAUCCCAACCGAAACCCCUUUAGUUUUUCUGAACCUCUAUUUCCUGGACUGUAAAAUGAGACAAUCCUCACACCUGGGACUGGUUGUUGGGAAGCUGAAAGGAACCAACAUCAGGUGCUCUCCCCUGAGCCCUGCCCAGCUACUGGAGACCCACAUCCCUCCUGCCACCUGGCCUGGCCUUCUAGGAACCUGGCCCACACUCCUGUUGAGAGGAUAUGCCGGGACAUGCAGGCCCUACUCACAGCCCUCUGGGAAGAGCCCCUCCAUCCCUGCAGCCCAAACUCAACUAGCUUCCUGCUCUACUCCAGUUGUUCUAACACGACCGUGGGCAAGUUCCUCUGCAGCAGUUGGGAAAUGGCUCAGCCGUCCUCUGCUGACCUCUGAGAUAGACAGACUCCUCUGUGAGGUUCUUGGGCUAUCCUCCUGCCCCCAGCCUUUGGUAUUGGGGGUUGAA